GCGAGCCGGCGGCGGGGGCGGGCGGGCUGGAGGGCCCGGCGGAGGGAGGCGGCGGCCGCUGCGAGAGCCCAGAGCCAGAGCCCGGCCGGGGCCGAGCGGAGCGGAGCGCGGCAGCAGCGGCAGCAGCGGCGGCGGGGCCGGGAGAGGCUGGCACGCCGGGCGGCUCCGCGAAUCCUCCAGCAUCCGGCCCGGCGGGCCGCCCCCGCUCGCGGCAGCCCCCGGAGCAGCGGCCGGGCACCGGCACCGUCCCAGCGGGUGAGAGCGAAUCAUGGAGCUCCGUGUGGGGAAUAAGUACCGCCUGGGCCGGAAGAUUGGGAGCGGGUCCUUCGGAGAUAUCUACCUGGGUGCCAACAUUGCUUCUGGUGAAGAAGUUGCCAUCAAACUCGAAUGUGUGAAAACGAAGCAUCCCCAGCUGCACAUUGAGAGCAAGUUCUACAAGAUGAUGCAGGGAGGAGUGGGAAUCCCGUCCAUCAAGUGGUGCGGGGCCGAGGGCGACUACAACGUCAUGGUCAUGGAGCUGCUGGGGCCCAGCCUCGAGGACCUCUUCAACUUCUGCUCCCGCAAGUUCAGCCUCAAGACGGUGCUGCUGCUGGCUGACCAGAUGAUCAGCCGCAUCGAGUACAUCCACUCCAAGAACUUCAUACACCGGGACGUCAAGCCCGACAACUUCCUCAUGGGCCUGGGGAAGAAGGGCAACCUGGUCUACAUCAUCGACUUCGGCCUGGCCAAGAAGUACCGGGACGCCCGCACCCACCAGCACAUCCCCUACCGGGAAAACAAGAACCUGACCGGCACCGCGCGCUACGCCUCCAUCAACACCCACCUGGGCAUCGAACAAAGCCGUCGAGAUGACCUGGAGAGCCUGGGCUAUGUGCUCAUGUACUUCAACUUGGGCUCCCUGCCCUGGCAGGGCCUCAAAGCAGCCACCAAACGCCAGAAGUACGAGCGAAUCAGUGAGAAGAAGAUGUCGACACCCAUCGAGGUUCUCUGCAAAGGCUACCCCUCCGAGUUCUCCACAUACCUCAACUUCUGCCGCUCCCUGCGCUUCGACGACAAGCCCGACUACUCGUACCUGCGCCAGCUCUUCCGCAAUCUCUUCCACCGGCAGGGCUUCUCCUACGACUACGUCUUUGACUGGAAUAUGCUCAAAUUCGGGGCUUCCUCGAGCCAGGCUCGGCCCCGUGACAGCGAAGCUAUCGCCCCGCCCCGCCCCCGGCCCUGUCCCCCUGCUGGGCCUGCGUACUCACCCACAUACUGGUGCCCGGCACCCCUGGGCACCCAGGGCCCUGCAGAUGGGCUGGUGGAGGAGCGGCCCCCCCAAAACUACUGGCCUAUGGUUUGGACUCCAGGGCCCCAGUUCUGAUAACACCAGGCGCGCCUGAGCCCAUCGGGGCCAGGACUGAGGAGGGGUUUGUUCCUUGGCACAGUGGGGUCAGUGGAGAGGGCACGGCAGACAAGGCCCGGCCAAGAGAUCCUUGGGGAUGCAGUUGGCUCCCCGAUGGUCAGAGCCUGAAGGAGAGAUGGCGUUCACCGCACCAGAGGGGCCUGGGGUUGGGGGCCGGCAGCGGCGUCAGCCAGGCCCGGUCGGCGGCCUCUGUGUUAAGCCUGCACUCAUUAAACGCCCCACCCGCAUCUCACCUCGUCCCGGCUCUUUCAUCGCGGUGCCCUCGGUCUACAGUUCCGGCUGCUGGGGGCCUCGCGCCCCUCUUCUCUGGCCCCAGACAGUGGCCCUGUGCGAGUCCCCUCAGGAGUGGGACAGAAGUCGGGCAGAGAUUGGGGCUUCCACAGCCCAAAGGACCUCGUGGGCGGGAGGGCCUUGGAGAUGGGCACGGGCGCCCCUCACCCAGACCUUCCGGCUGGGAGUGCGGCAAGGGCCCAGGGCCAGCUCUCCUUGCACAGGGCGCUGCUGGGGAGUUGGGGCGCGGGCGCUCACUCAUUGCGCAGGACAUUCCAGAGUCCAGUUCUGGGACAGGCUUGGCCCGUGUCAUUCAGUGUGGUAGCCCCUGUCUCCACGUGGCUACAUGUUGAUUAAUUAAAAAUCAGAGCUGAAAAAUGUCAUGUGUCAGUUGCAUUUGCUACAUUUCAAGUUCUCAGGAGCCACCAGUGGCCAGCCAGUGGCUGCCGUGUCUGGCGAGGCAGGCAUGAACAUGCCCGUCACCGCUAAAUUCCGUGGGACAGAGCCACCAGGAGGGCUCCUCACAGAGCCCCUCACGGGACCGUCAGUGACAAGAGUUCAUCUGGAGCACGGCCAGGAGCAGUCUCCUCACCCACUACUGCCUCUGGAGUUGGGCCGAGCAGACGCUGCCGGCUUUUCCCCUGCACUCAUCGCUGAUCUCCGGGUCGAAGGCCAUCCGCUGACCGAACGAGGGGCACCUGUAAACCCAUCACCACGGGGGGAGCUCAGCCACCUCCGGUCACCCUCUGGCAGGAACACCUGCGACAUGCGAUGGGGACCCGCCAUUCCUUUCGCCUGGAGGCCAGGACCCUCUCACACGGGCACCACUGCAGGAAGCCUUCUCGAGCUCCCAGCGGAGUGGACGCCAUGCAGGGCACCGCGGCCUGGGCCGUUCUGCCCGAAGGAUCCCAUCCUUGACUGAGAGCUUCCCUCCUCGGAGCAGUUGCCCCGGAGCACUCCGCGUCGGGCCUGGAGUCCCCGAUACUGGGAGCCUGGGCUGCUGGCCGGUUCAGCCCCUGCCCCGAGGCCCGGCUGGCUGGCCAGGGGGAGACGACGCACACCGCACGGGUGGUGGUGACUCUGCUGUUUGCCCUGUGUGGGCUUGUGGGCAAGUAAAAGCCAGGAGACCUGCCUGCUGCGUGCUCCUCGAGGCGUCACUUGGGUCAGUUGGCAACGUGGAAAGGAGUUCGCCUUCUGCCUUGGGGCCGGCCUUGGCCUGAGCCCGCGGGGUCACAAAGGGCAGGGGCUGUGCACUUGGAGUGAGUCACUUCAUGUCCCCACCCAGGAAAUGAGUUCUUGCCUGCUGGCAGGACAGUUCACGAGGGGGUGCUCCAGCUCCUAUCGCCCAGGCUUCGCUGUGGUUCUGGCCGAGCCGCUUGCUCUGGCGUCCGGAACUGAGUGGCUGGGGGUGCAGGGAGUGGCCUGAGGUCCGGAGGUGAAGCCUGGGUGGUUCCGGGCCCGCCUCUCUGGACAGGCUUGGGAGUGGGAGGACUGGGGGUGUUCGUUUCUAGAAUGUUCUGCUAAAUCCUCAGGAGUUGCAGAGAGCAGAGCAGGACUGGGUGGCAAAGGCCUGAGUUCACACUCAAGUUCUGUCCUCAGCUGUGUGGCCACACGAUCCCAGGGAGGGCAUGAGGCCUCUCUGGACCUCAGUUCCUCAGUUGGCCUGGCCACCCCCACUGCCCCAAGACAGCAGGGCCUCACCGGCCAGGUCCCUAGGAGACACACGGGGUUGCAGGAGCCGCACCCGUGGCCCGUGAGCAGGCCCCAACUCAGCACGCAGCUCUCUCCU